CAGAGACAAACUACAGAACCAUUCAAAGAAAACCAGCAGCAACUCUGAGAAACUUGGCUGCUGUUGGCCCACUGGAUCCAAAAAAACUUUCAAACACUUUCCCCAGAAACUCGCCUUCGGGUGAGCGUUCAUGGUUAGGAGACAAACUUAUCGAUGAACAAAGUUACUGCCGUUUGCCUACAAGAGAAUAUGGCCUUCUUCUAUUUGAACGUGACCUUGCUGAAAGAAAUCUCAGAGUUGCAAAUUACCGACUUUCCAACGAGCGACAAAAGCAAAGAAAUCAAGGUAGAUAUGGUAAUUAUUCCUUCAUUUACCUUUCGCUCUGAGUUUUUACGUAGAGACACAUGUUGAAAAUCUAAUUCAGAGACGGCCUAAAUGUCAUCUUGAAACCGGCUUUCCCAGUUUGCAAGAAGGGAACCACACUGUCUAGAGUCCUAUCAGUAUAAUCAAUCUGCAAAGCCCUGUUCUUAGCAUUCUUGAGUGUGGACUUGCAUCAGUAGGACCCUGUUAUUUUACCUUAGAUAAAUCUGCCCUUUACCCUUCAUACAUCGAACCCUCUGUCCUUAGUUUCCCUAGUUUCUGACCUGUAUCCCCUGGUAUCUCACCUGUUUAUUUUCUCAGUGAUAGGAUCUGUGUCUCAAUUCAACCUAACAAUGCUGCACUGCUAUAACUUUCCACAGGAACUAUGGAAACUAGAGAUCAGCAAAACAACACGGAACAUGUGCACGAGGAACCGAUUCAGUCUAGCCCCCGACUGAGCUUGAAAUUACCCUUGGAUCAUUGCAGUACUGGGGAGGACGGCACGAGAGUCCAUUCUCAUCUUAACGGAUACGCACAUCACCAAGACAACGUUAGCCAAGACAGUAACUCUGAAAACGAAGACAAACAUGGACAUGAGGCAGCUAAUAAUUACACGAGCAGUUCUAAUGUCGAUGACGAUCGUGGUGGUGGUGACGAUGAUAAUACUGAUGAUUAUGAUGUCAUUAGCAACAACGAAGAAAGCAGUGAGAACAAAGACGGUGACGUAGUUAAUGACGAUGACAAUGAUGAGAACUGUGAUGAAAACUGUGAAAUUGAAUAUCUUAAUAAUCAUGAAAGUAGCAAUAAUUACGAUGAUGAAGAAAACUUUGCCAGCAACAAUGGUGUUUGUGCUGAGAGUUGCAACAUUCAAGCCCCUCUAUGCCCAAAAGAAGACGAAACUUUUGUGGAGUCAGAUGAAACCGAUGAGUCUCUAACUGAAGAAUUAAACGCCAGCUUGCUAUGUAACUCACAGUACAGCAUUGGUGAAGACACAGGCAACUCUAGUGCUGAGAACAAUGAUGGAAGCGUGGCCAGUAGUAGUAGCAAUAAUGACAGUUCUUGUGAAAAUUCCAACACCAGAAGUGACAAGAAGAAAACUAAAGACCUGCAAAAACCUAGCAGCUAUAAAGUAGGAAAUAAUAGCGAGCUUUCAGGGAAAAGAGAUAGUGAAGCAACAAGUCAAGGAGCAAGACCAAAGAUUCUUGCGAAGAAUCCAGUGUUUUUUAACGCAUUUGAAACAAACUACCAUGAUGGGAAGAUACCAUCCUUGGAGACAACUGGUAUUAAUCAAACCUUUCUCGCCCGGCACUCAACAGAUCCGAGUCUUCCACAGAGCUCGUUUGCAGAAACUUAUGACAUGCCACCUAGCAACAAGAAUUCAAACGAUUGGACUCAACACUCUAUAAGCAGUAAUAGCAGUUCCUCCUCACUUUGGAACCUUCACCGUUCGCCGGCUCCAGAAAGAAGCGGGUUGAUGCUAGAGAAUGCAUAUUUCAGGGGGUUGAGUUCAUGGUAUAGAGAUCCAAUGCCAGUGAAUUACCAACCUCUAACACCAAUGACGGGGCAGAUCCCCAGCGCCAGUGGCUUCAGCCAAGACGUUGACUCGUUUAACUGGGAUGAAAACCUGCCAAGUAACAAACAUCAAACAGGCUUUUCAAGUUUGGAAGACUUUUCUAUAGGAAAUGAGACUCAGACAGCAUCACCUUUACUUGGGGUCGGACCAUUGGCGCCCGCUGUGAGAUAUCCAGCCGUUACCGCACCAAAUUUUCCUACCACCAUUUGGCAGUUCUCUUCAAGCACGACUUCAGGAAGUGUAGUCCCAGUUACUUCUACUUAUGAUGUGUUUAGCAGUCAUGAACAAGAACGCGUAGGGGACUUCAACAGGUACAGGCCCUCCCAAGGAGAUACCCAAGAUAAUAGUGGUUUGACUUCAUCAGAAAUGGUUCAUUCAGAGAGGCGAGAGGAAAGCUUGAGGAGCCAUGGCCCUUUCAAUUAUCAACAGGAGGGUUCUUGUGCUUCAGUAUCGCUCAGGGACCCUUCACUGGUUUCUCUAGAACAACAAGUGGCUGAAAUCGAUAGAGUUCUUAAAGAGCGAGAAGAGAGGACCAAAAAGCAGAGAGAGGCAGCACAAAGACUUAAGGAUACAAGAGAAAAAAGGCAAAGAGAAGCGAGAGAAAGGAAACAGAGAGAAGAGACGGAAAGGAGAGAAAAAGAAGAGAGAGAAAGGAGGGAAAGGGAAGAGAGAGAAAUGAGAGAAAGAGAAGAGAGAGAAACGAGAGAGAGAGAGGAACGAGAAAAUAGAGAGAGAAUGGAAAGAGAAUUGGAAGAGCGAAGAGAAACGGAAACAAGAGUGAGAGAAGACAGAACCACAGAAGAGAGCCUUUCACUUCAGGAGACUCCACAAUGGCAGUGUGAACAUUACCAGCGGAGAUGUAGUGUCAAGUUUCCAUGUUGCGGAGUGUUUUAUUCGUGCCACCGCUGUCACAAUUUAUCGGGGACAUGCCCUACUGAUGAUAAGAAGGCACAUCAUGCGACGCAUGUCAAGUGCGGAAAUUGUGGACACGAAGAAGAGGUUAGUAUCUUUUGCAUACUUGGAAUCUUGUCGUACUGAAGAAGCUUAGAGAAAAAAAGCUCUUAAAAUCAGUUUUAUCCCUAAAUACCUGACGUUAAGAUCCCAUGGGAGUGAGUUAGAUGUAACUUCACAUUUAUGAGAAAAGCAAGACCAAUAGAAAUCCUUCGGCUUGAGCGAGGUAAAAACCAAAUUCCUUGUACACACGAAGGCCAAUCAGCGAGGGGAAACAGUUGUACCCAGGUACCCACUGGUCAUAGUUUAACAUCUGACUGGCCGGGGUGAGGUGGUGUGAGUCUUUUAGAUCAAUCAUACAGUUGUAUAGUGAAAAACCAAUACCGCAUGCUAACUUCUCUACAUUGCAGAUAAAUGAAGGAAGUCACACCUGUAGACGCUGUGGAAUAAAAAAAUCCGAAUAUUUCUGCCCAAAGUGUAAGCAUUUUACAGGAGUUGAUAAGAACCCCUUCCACUGCGAGAAGUGUGAAAUCUGCCGGUAGGUUGUUUUUAAGUCGAUUUCAAACGUACUGAGACUUAUAGAAACGUUUGUAAGCUUGUUGUUCAUAUUUGUUUGUAAUACACUCUAGCCACUUAUGGAUGGGAAAAAAUACGAAGUGGACCUUUAAUCGUUUCUACAAUGCACCGUCCUCUUGAAAAAUACUAAGAUAGUUUCAAGGGAAUACAACAACGCUUUUUACUUGUAACCAGCACGUCCUCUAAAACUUGUUUUGAUAUCAUUUCAUAUUUCCUCUGCCGAAGCAGAGUUCGGUUCGUCAAAUUAUCGAGUAGAUUUCAUGGUACUGUUCGUCUGUUCAAUAAUAGAUCACAGAUGACGUCAAAAUUGGGUAACAAUAGAAAAAAGUGGCAUAUGAGGCGCGGCCAAGUGUAUUACUGAUGUUCUUACCACAUGUUGACUUCUUACUGUACAGACCCACAGCAAUGUGAGACAUAUUUGUUUUCUAUGAUAAAAUUAGUAAAAUGUUGUUAAUGGUGAGUCAGACGUCUCUCCAUGCGUCUGUCCUCCAAUCGUAAACAAGAACCAAUCAAAAUGAGUGUAUGAUUCGACUUAUCAUGUAAGGCUGAUUUCGAUACGAGUGCUUCUGGCAGUGGAUUUAUUCACAGUUAUGCAUUAUCUUACAAGAUUUUGAGCAAGUAAAAGAAGAUCAUUAAAAAGACGUGACAUUAAAAUAAAGCAGUCGAUGAUACGUAGCGUAAAGGCUUGUUUUGCCCUUGCAAAGAAAAGCACAUCAGUUCUUUGUUUUGCGAGCUUUAAAGUUUAGGAGGGAAUCCAGGUUAGAAUAACGUUAGUGGUGCCAUGGGCCUAUUAUGUAUUUUGAGUAAACUUUUUUUUUCUCAUUUCAUUAUUUCAUUGAGCAUUUACAAGGACAGAUCAUUUCACUGCGACGUGUGCAAUGUUUGCUUGGAUAAGCGACUGGAGGGAAAACACAAAUGUCGGCCGAACUCAGGACAUGACGAGUGUUGCAUCUGCUUGGAGGUAAUUAGAGAUCAUAUUUCAUACUUUUAAAUUACUUCAAACACGGAGCCGUUAUCUUACACAUUUUAGCGAUACUGAGUGACCUCACAGCCGCAAGAGACACCUUACAGUUGCACGGUGUGUGUUUCUGCACGAGUGUUAUUGACACUUUCUCUUUUGCUCGAUAUUUCAGGACGCGUUUAGCGGUUGUCAGAUCUUGCCAUGCUCACACAAGGUUCACAGGGAGUGUGCCAUUGCAAUGGUACAGAAUGGCGUGUAAGUAUGCUUAAAUAGUCAAAAACAACUGUUCGUAACCUUUAAAAGAGUAUGAAUGCCCGAUGGUGAGUUUUAACAAAUAUUGGCGAUAAAUGACAAUGAUUAUAAAUCAUCAAAAAAAGUUUUUAAAAGUCUGAAAAGGUAUAAGGACGUCAGUCCUUCGGGGAGACGAUGCUGUCAUCGCUAAGCCGUUUCCGUAAUUACCAAUUGGAUUAUAAGCUUUUCUUUUUGGUGCCAUGAAAACGCUAUUUUUCUCUGGGCAUGCAAACAUGUAACCAACAUUCUAUAGGCGAAAAAGCUCAACGUUAUAUCAAGCAAUGAGGUACAGUGAUUGAAGGCAAAUUAUGCUUGAUUGUCGAAUGCAGAAUUCCUUUUGUUUUCUUCACCCUGUUGUUGUUGUUGUUGAAAACCCUUAGCGGCCUCUCGACCAAUCUAAAAGCAAAACUAAUAUCAAUUGCGACUUGGUCAAAGGUUUUCCCGUGCAUCAGGCAAUUUCCUCGCUUCACUUUGAGUUCUUCCUAGAUUGGAGCAAUUUCAAUCGAGUUUCAAAAGUAACCGGGAUUGCAUUGACUUUCCUACACUACGCUCCAUGAUUGUUCUAGGAAACUCACGUCCGCCUCUCAACCGAUCAGAUGCAAAACUAAACCCAUUCGAGACUUGGUCACAUUUUUCCCCCCCUUAGAUUUCUCUCUGGCUCCUUGUGAAAUUGUCCUUUUUCUGAUUGGCGCUUUUGAUUCUUUGGUUUUAGUUUUUCGAACCUCGAUCGCAAGUCGCUCUAAUAACUUACACCGAAUAGAUAUCUGACAGGUUUUAAUUGUUUCUUUUGCCUUUAGACGUAAUUGUCCAAUAUGCCGCCACCCUUUGUAUGGACAGCUCCAGCAGUAACCUCAUGAAACAGAGGAUCCAAGCCAAGAUGGCGAAUACAGGCUAGAAUUCUUUAUUACCGAGUGCUUAUACUAUUAGCAUCACGGAAUGUGUACUUUGCGUUGAUUGUCAACUUUUCAUCUAAUGUUGACAAGCUGAAGAUAAUGAGAGAGAUGCUGUCACUUAUUUUGUAAUCAAUUUGGAUUUAGCACUAAAAGGAGAAUGAAGGUAGAAUAUUUUUGCCAGAUUGCAAAUGCUUCAGAAAGUUUUAACAACACUUACAAGAUAAGAAAAAUAGCAAACAAAAUAAAAUGCUCACGCCUGAUGAAAAGCAAAAAUAGAUGAAUGGUUAAGGUUACUUCCCACCUUCACAAGCCGAUAAAAUCGUUUUUUCUUUUAUCUGACUAACUUGAAGUCAGAAAUUUUCCCUGACGUCUACAAAAAAAUUUGAAAAUACCUCAAAAAGCGUCCAAGUUAUGUAGAAAAACGUAGCUUCAAAUGAGUUACUUUAUCAGAAAGGUGUCAUAAUCUCGUAAAUGGGCGAAUUCCCUGAGGAAAGUUUUCGCGGCAACAGCUCAUCUCGGAGUUCGUAUUUCUUUCAUUAUUUAAGUACCAGCCUUGAUACAAU